AAAUGCGUCAGAAGGUGGGAGGAGAAUGAAUCAUAGAGAAAUGGAACGCUUCGUGUUUGGGCGUAGUGUUUAACGAUAAAAACAUUUUAGCGUCUUUUCCCGCCAUAUCCUACAAUCACUGAUAAAACAGCAACUGUUCUGUGGAGAAUUUGUUCCCUGAGGCUUGUUUGUUUGUGGAGUAUCGGCUGAGAUGUAAGUUGAUCCUGUUGCUGAUUGACUGAUCCUGCUUUUGAUUGAUUUUAAAAUCACACUCUUGCCUUCAACAUGUCAGGACCAGGUUAUCCAUCCCCUAACCAGCCUCCAUAUCCCAUGACCCAGGUAGGCGGACAAUCCAUGCCCCCCUAUCCAAUGGGAGGUUACGGAGAUCCUGGGCAUGCUGCCCCACCUGCAGGGUUCCAAGUGGGGUACCAGCAAGUUCCAGAUCAGCCAGUCUUGUAUCAACCUGGUCCAACUAGUCCAGCAUCUCACCAGGGCCAGCCAUAUGGAAGUCCUGCUCCUGUACCACUGUCGGUGCCUGCUGGAGUACCACCUGGCCUGGAGUACCUCACUCAGAUUGACCAGAUCCUCAUUCACCAGAAAGUGGAGUUGUUAGAGGCAAUCAUUGGCUUUGAGACCAACAACCAGUAUGAGAUCAAAAAUAGCCUCGGCCAAAAGAUCUACUCCGCCAAAGAAAAGAAUGACUGCUGCACACGCAACUGCUGUGGUGCAUUGCGCAGCUUUGAUAUGAAGAUCAAAGAUAACACGGACCGAGAGGUCAUACGGCUGAUCAGACCUUUCCGUUGUGCCAGCUGUUGGUGCCCCUGCUGUCUGCAAGAGCUGGAGGUACAGGCACCCCCAGGAACGACCGUAGGGUAUGUGAAACAGGACUGGCACCCCUGUUAUCCAAAAUUCUCCAUCCAGGGACCUAACAAGGAGACCGUGAUGAAGCUCGAGGGGCCCUGCUUGGCAUGUAACUGCUGUAGUGAUGUGAACUUUGAGCUCAAAGGCAAGGAUGGUGGGCAGUCUAUUGGUCGAAUCAGUAAGCAAUGGAGCGGCCUUUUAAAGGAAGUCUUCACUGACACUGACAACUUUGGCAUCCAAUUCCCUCUGGACAUGGAUGUUAAGAUGAAGGCUGUACUUAUGGGCGCUUGCUUCCUCAUUGAUUUCAUUUUCUUUGAAAAAGUUGGAGACACCAACCAGAGGAAUACUGUGUUCUCUUAGAGAGUGAGAAGGAUGUUACUUUUACUUGCAAAAUAUCUUUUGUAAAUCCACAUCAUUUUGAAAAUCUUGAUGAAAUACCUGACAUUCAGUGGAUGACAUCUUAUAAAUCUGAGCUCCAUUAAUUCCAUUUUAUUAGGUAACCAAAGCCUAUAAUCAGCUCCCACUGGAGUUAAACCAAAGGACACAUUUAAAGUCAUUUUUAUAGUUCACUUGCAGUGCAAUAUUUACAAUGACCAAUUGUGUAUCAUGAUCGCCUGCUCAUUGUGUGCCUUUCAAACGAUUAUGGCCUACAAUAAUAACAUAAUUUGUACAAGUGUACCAACAUCUAACAUUUAAAUGUAUUUGUUCUGUUGAAGUGUGUGUUUUUUUUUUUUUUUAUAAACUUCUAGCAGUAACCGUAUAAAUAUUUUUAUUUGUUUCAAGUAUAUGUCAUGUUCUGCAAAGCGUAUUUGUCUGCCUGUUAUCAUGAAGGAAAUUCAGUUUUAUUGUGCUAAAUGCAAAGAAUUUGACUCCGAACCUCCACACAUAAAACACACAUUUUAGAGAAGGAAUACCACGGACAAGAAUUAACAAGCUGUGUGCAUUGAACAGUUCCAAUGAGUAUAAAUAGUGUCCAACACGAGGCACUUGUCAGUUCACAAAGCCUAGUAUACCAUCAAGUCUUUUUCAAAUCUCCAAAAAGUCUGUUAAAUAUGUGUCCAUUUAUAUCCAUAAACAACAAACAAAUGAGAAUUCAUGUUAAAGGAUUGAAUAAAAAGCUUUAUACAGCAUCCAAAAACAACUGAUUAUUCUGUAUUUAUCUGAAGAAGAAAAAAAUACCACAUGAACAUUUAUCUCGUUCUCAACAGACUUUAAUACAGACUGGCUUUGGUAAUCAUAUGGGUGAAUAUGCCAUUGCACCACAGCAAUGGGCAAGAUUUAGUAAUAACCAUUGAACAGAAAGAAACACAUUUGAAAAUGGUUAAAAUAUGGGAAUUCAUCUUUUUAAUGCUCAUUUACUUGCCAACUCCCUUUUGGGGUUAUUUGAGAAGUUUCAUUCCAACAUUUGUCAGACCAUUGACAAAGGUUUCAAAAUCUCAUUCUCUUCACUGGCUCCAUUUAAUUAAAAUCAAGAUAAUGUUUUUCAAAAUAAUGUUAAUCAUUUGUUAAAAUAUAUAAAGGAUAAUCAAUGCAAUUCUAAUCAAAAUAUGUAGUGAUAGAAUUACAAGAUCUGCACUUCAGAUUGGAAGUACCCAGACUCUUUAAAUAAAUGUAUUACACUUGGGCUAGUUGUUUUCCAUGGCAAUUAAUGUCAACACCUCCAUUAGGAAGCAUUUACUUCUCAUUGUAUGCUCAAAGGUUAAUAUGAAUGAAUAAAUCCACGUGCCAACUACUUCCAAUAUUCCUGUUGGUAUAUAUUUACAAUGGCGGCCAAAAGUUUGGAAUAAUGUACAGAUUUUGCUGUUUCGGAAGGAAAGUGGUACUUUAAUUCACCAAAAUGUCAUUCAACUGAUCACAAAGUAUAGUCAGGACAUUACUGAUGUAAAAAAAACAGCAUCACUAAUUGAAAAAAGCCAUUUCCUGCAGCCAUCACUCCAACACAUUAUCCUUUAGUAAUCAUGAUAAAUUACUAAUUUGGUACUAGAAAACCACUUGCCAUCAUAUCAAACACAGCUGAAAGCUAUUUGAUUCAUUAAAUUAAGCUUAACAUUGUCUGUUUGUUUUUGAGUUGCCUCAGUAUGCAAUAGACUGGCAUGUCUUAACAGCUUUCUUUAGAAACUCGUCAGUCAAUCAUUGUUUUGAGGAAUGAAGGCUAAUGCUUGAAACUGCCAAAAAACUGAAGAUUUCAUACACAUGUGUACACUAAAGUCUUCAAAGACAAAGGACAACUGGCUCUAACAAGGACAGAAAGAGAUGUGGAAGGUCAGAUGUACAAAACAAAACAAGAGGAUAAGUACAUCAGAGUCUCUAGUUUGAGAAAUAGACACCUCACAUGUCCUCAGCUGACAGCUUCAUUGAAUUCUACCCGCUCAACACCAGUUUCAUGUACAACAGUAAAGAGAAGACUCAGGGGUGCAGGCCUUAUGGGAAGAAUUGUAAAGAAAAAGCCACUUUUGAAACAGAAAAAGAAAAGGUCAGAGUGGGCAAAGAACAGAUAUUGGACAACAGAUAAUUGGAAAGGUGUGUUAUGAGCUUUUGUGGGAUCAUUGAGCUUUUGUGGGAUCAGCUUGACUGUAAGGUGCGUGAAGUGCCCGAUAAGACAUCUAUGACAAGUGCUACAGGAAGUGUGGGGUGAAAUGUCACCUGAGUAUCUGGACAAACUGACAGCUAGAAUAACAAUGAUCUGCAAAGCUGUCAUUGCUGCAAGUGGAGGAUUCUUUGAUGAGAACUCUUUGAAGUAGUUUAAGAAGUUGUUUUUCAUAUUGUUAAUGUCCUGACUACACAUUGUGAUCAGUUGAAUGCCACUUUGGUGAAUAAAAGUACCCAUUUACUUCCAUAAGAACAAGAUCUGUACAUUAUUCCAAACUUUUGGCCGCCUGUGUGUAUAUAUAAUGUAUGUUCAUGUAUUUGUGUUGGCAUUUUAUUUCUAUAAAAUAGUCUCACUAACUGUGGAGUAUUGAGUCAAAAGUCCAGAAAGUUUUUCAGUGGUUUCAUAUGUUGGUUUUGACACACCUAGUUCAAAACAUUCCUAAAUUGGAAGCAAAUUAAUUGACCAUUGCCGGAAAGUUGGCUAGUGGUUUUGUGUUCACUUGUUCACUCAACUGCUUAUGGGUAGUGGGUUUUGUAAUAGGAUAGAGGAAGAGGGUUUCGAACAAGAUGUUUGAAACCAAAACCAUCACCAGAAACAUACAUUUGGACUAUUGACUCAAAACCUUAGUGUUUUAAAGUUGUAGUCAUCAUUAUAACUUGUAUGGCAACUUACCCUGGACUACAAUAUAUAUACAUGUGUUCUUGUAAAUGUGUUUGUUUUUUCUAUAAUCUGCAAUAUCAGUGUAACAUUAAACUUAAUAAAGACAAUGUUGUUAAGCUGG